UCUAGAGCUCUGCUAACAAUUCUUUUUUAAUUUUGAUAUUGAUACUAUUUUUAGAAAUGAACGGAGCGAUGUUUUUUCUAGUCUUCCUCGCAGGGGUGUUCAUUGCCAUGUUCCUGGGGGGACUUUUCGGAGAGUAUUUUAAGAUACAUCUAGUUUAGCAGAAGCAUUAAACUCCGUGACUGCUGCAAAAGAAAUGAAGAAACUAUCCAAACAUGAUAAAGCCUUGAGAUUAUACCAGCAUGCCUUGGCACUAGCACCACGUAGUCCGGAGGUUUUGAACAGCUAUGGAGAAUAUCUAGAGGAGACCAGGAAAGAUGUAGUUCAAGCCGAUCAUAUGUUUGCUUUGGCAGUCGCUUUCUCUGAUACCCAUACUCAUAACAGGGNCGGGGAAAUACUCAAAUUCUAAUGUCAAAACAAAUGCAUGUUAUGAAGAAAGAGAACAGCUGUUCGAGUUGAAGAGAUAGACCAACAUGUUCUCAGGAACAUUGAUAAGAAAAAAAUGCAGUUUCUAGAAAUUGGAGAAAAUAGCGCGGCUUUAAAGAGAGCAAAAAAAGAAGCCUACUUUCAGUACGUUUACCACACUGUUGGUAUAGAAGGGAACACUAUGUCCCUGGCACAAACUAGAUCCAUCCUAGAAACUAAGCUUGCUGUUGCAGGGAAAAGUAUAAUGGAGCACAAUGAGAUUUUGGGAAUGGAUGCCGCGCUCAAGUUUAUUAAUCAGACUCUUGUUGAUAAAUUAGGAGAUAUUACCCUUCAGGAUAUUCUUGAAAUACAUAAACGAGUAAUUGGAAAUGUGGAUCCUUUAGAAGCUGGUAUAUUCCGAACUACACAGGUUUAUGUAGGAGACCAUGUUCCCCCUCCUCCCCUUCUAGUUCAUAGAUUUAUUCAAUGGUUAAACAGUUAUCCUGCGCUAUCCCUCCAUCCUGUCCGAUUAUCAGCUCUGGCUCACUACAAGCUGGUUUAUAUUCAUCCGUUUGUGGAUGGAAAUGGAAGAACGAGUCGACUUCUAAUGAAUCUAGUCCUUAUGCAGGCUGGGUUUCCCCCAGUGAUAAUUCGACAAGCUGACCGAGAGCUUUACUAUAGAUAUUUAUCUCUAGCUAAUCAGGGAGAUAUUAGACCAUUCGUCAGGUUCAUUGCUCACUGUACAGAGAAGACUUUGGAUGCAUACAUAUGGGCAGCCAGGGAGUACAACGAUGCAGAUAAGAUUGAGCCUGGAGCUGACCUCCCUUUAAACCUAAUAGAACAUGGAGUAGAUCAGAUUAAAGAAAACAGAGAUUACAGCAAUCUACCUCCUAAAGAUUCAUUCCUGGACUUCAGUGGGUCGGAGGACAGAUUAGAGGAUAUAGUUAUAUAUGCGGAGGAUACCAAGCAGCGGAUUAUUCCAGUUUAUACAGAGGACGAAACUGUUAUUAAGACCGAGCAUGUUCAAUAGAAAAUAGUUUAGAAUUCAACGACGACUUUUAGA